CCGACGUGGGCACUUCGCUCUGUCCGGCCUUUCCUUCAUUAAAAUAUUAUAUCCGUGCGUGUAGAGAGAGGAGAGAGCCGCGGAGCCCCGGCAAGAACCCUUGCCGCCGUUAUCGCGCCACGUACGACGCACUUUUGUCACCCCCUCGUCAAGGACCCUGGCACGCUUGUUCGCCGAGGGGCUGCUUCUUCGCGCGGACGUAACGCGUUGUUUUUUUUUUCGUUCGUUCGUUCGUUACCGUUGUGAUCAUUGGUAGAAGAAAAUAGGCCUGGUAACACCGCAUCUCAAAAAGGACGGAAGCCCAUUAGAAAGAACAAAAGCAACAGGAAUAUAAAGGAAAUUUUGCGUUGCCACGUUGGAAAACCGACUCAACUUAGGGAAAGCAAUUAGGAAAGGAACAACAAAAAGGGAGAUAUUAGUUCUUUAUUAAUUUUACUGGACUGAGAUAUUGAAAAGGAGGAAGAAGAGACUUCUCAAAUGUAAACGGAAAAGCAGUGGCUCGGUGCAUGGAGAGCAUACAUUCAUUCGGUGCGAGCGAGUUGAUGGGUCGAGUCCCGGAAGACACUAAGAUGCAGUUUUGGGUACCGCCUUAUAAAAUAUUGGAGCAAGAGAGGAAACUUAUAAACAAGAUAAAGCAGAUACUUUGAACAAAUAAAAAUAAGGCAUGUUACGGCGUAUGUCCGUCAUUCUCACAACGUGUCAAGGAGUGUUCGGAUGGUAAACUCGCUCAUCGGCUCGCGAACCGCCUCGAAGACUGUGUGUUGUGCUCCAAUAUCGUUCCUCUCAACGUUCCUAUCGCGCUUCCUCCGUCCGUGGUUCCUCGACUCGCGCAGGAUACCUAGUGGAAACUCGAAUUGAAAGUGGAAAGUGCUAGACGCUGUUUUGCCAACGGUUCGCGAGAAGAGCGAAAGAGCAAAGGAAAAAUCGCUUUGUGCUUCAAGAGAGUACAGUGAGAGUCCAAGGGUGCGAGUGCAACUGCAGGCAAAAAAGGAAAACCGAGAGUUCGGGAUAUGAACCCAGGUACGACCUGGGCUUGCGUCGGGGUAGCUAGUGAACCGUCCCUUCGUGAGGAGGAAUAUAAGACGGGGAGGCAGUCGGCGUGGAAGCGGGCGAAUCCGCACGGAAGAAGAGUCCGUGGAGGAAGUCCGGAGAACGCAGGCGCAGACGCCGUAGGUGAUGUGAGGCUGGCGCCCGCCUCACGUCUGGGGUGAUGCCCUCCAGUGAGCCUCAUCCCCCGUACCACCUUCAGCACCACAACAUUCCUCCCUCGCAUCUACAGCAGCACACGCCGAGCGCGAUCGAGCAUCACUUCUUGCAGCUGGUGGCGGCCCAUCAUCAGCAACAGCAACAGCGACAGCAGCAACACGGCGGACCCUUCCAAAAUUCCACGUACACGCAGCAGAAGCAGGAGAUGAGCCCGGAGGAGGAGGGGGGCCGAGUGGGUGGGUCCCCCCCUGCGGCUGGGGCUGCACUUCAUCAGCCCCAUCAUCCCCGCACGGCUAGUCCACCUUCGGGCACAGAACCCUGCACCCGCGACGCGAUACCAACACCCACACCUAUCGCUGACACCACCACCACAGCCACCACGACUAUGACGAUGCAGUCGCAGAGUCAGCAGCAAAAGGGUCCCAGCCCGAGUCCGAGCCCGACGGGUGGUGACGUAGAGAAAUUCGACGGUAAAAUCGUCUACAACCCGGACGGCUCAGCCUAUAUCAUCGAAGGCGAGAGCGAACUCAGCGAGGACGACUCUCUGCCCGACGGUUGUAUUGUAGAUGGGCGCGGUGUAUCGGUUCCUCACUCCUUAGUUUUCCCACAAAUCGCGAGCGCGUAUUAUGUAUCGCGGUUAUACGCGCAUCAGGCCUACCAGCAGCAGCAGCAACAGCAACAACAGCGCUCGGCGACCCAACAGCACAAUCCCGAUCUUCCCGUGAUGCACAGUUAUCGGGUGAUCAGUUACAGGAGCGCGGAGGGUAGUAAACAGCCCCCUCCGGCGCCCACAGCACCGCCGCCGCCUGCCGCGUCAGUACCCGUCAAACCUAUCCUAAUGUGUUUCAUAUGCAAGCUCAGUUUUGGCUACGCGAAAAGUUUCGUCGCGCACGCCCAGGGCGAGCAUCAACUUACCCUAAUGGAAGACGAACGACAGAUACUCUCUCACUCGACGGCGUCGGCCAUUAUACAGGCCGUGGGUAGAGGAAAACAGCCGCUUGUUAGUUUUCUAGAACCUGUCACGAGCUCGACUUGCACCCAGGCGUCGCCCACGCAGAUACAAGCUCAACAACAACAGCAACAACGUAGCGAAUCCAACGAACACGAGACAACGCCGACCACAACGAGCACUCCGGCGAGCACACCCGGCGUACCUAGCAGUCCCCAGCAGCAGCAACAAUCGCAACAGACGCAACAGCAACGACCAUCGCCAAACACUCCCACCACGCCCACGUCACACUCGAGUCACCCUCUCACGUACAAUCAUCAACAACAACAGCAGCAGCAUCCGUGGACCGGCGCGCAAGUGAGCGCCGCGUCCUGGGCCAAAGCUCCAGACGCCAUGCAUUACAGUUCACCACCACCGCCUACUUCAUCCACCAAAGGAUCUCCAUCUUCGUACGCCGCUCUCACUCAGGCCCCACCGAACUUUCUAACCGGCACCACGAUAGGUGUCUGUCCGGAGCACAUGCAAGGUAGACCAAGCGGAGUGGAGUGUCCGAAAUGCGAACUCAUAUUGACGAGCAGUCGGCUUGCCGGUCCUGGCGGAGCGCUCGCUGGAAUACAUAGUCGAAAUUCUUGCAAAACCUUGAAAUGUCCGAAGUGCAACUGGCAUUACAAAUAUCAAGAGACUCUCGAAAUACACAUGAAGGAAAAACAUCCGGAGAGCGAAACAUCCUGUUUUUAUUGCAAUGCAGGUCAACCUCAUCCCAGGUUAGCGCGCGGCGAAACGUAUACCUGUGGCUACAAACCGUACAGGUGCGAAGUGUGCAAUUACUCCACCACGACGAAGGGCAAUCUCAGCAUACAUAUGCAAAGCGACAAGCAUCUGAACAACAUGCAAGAACUGCAGCAGGGAGGCGGGGGUGGCUCCGGUACCAGCAAUCCCUCCUCGUCUCAGGACGCGCCAAUGCCGACGCGGAGUCCCCACCAUCAGCAGAAUCACAGCCCACACCGGGCCGUACAAAGUGGCAAUCAGAGCAAACCGAAGCUCUCGUUUCGCUGCGACAUAUGCAACUACGAGACAAACGUCGCGCGCAACUUGAGGAUACACAUGACGAGUGAGAAGCAUACGCACAACUCGAUGGUGCUGCAUCAGAACAUUAAACACAUGCAAACCCUGUCCGCGUUGUCCCACCAUCAACAGGCGCAACACCAUCAUCAACAACAACAGCAACAGCAACUCGAGCAUUUGCUCCACUUAGGCGGCCUGGACAAACCGCAACCCACGGAAGCGGCAUUGGCCGACUUAGCUUACAAUCAAGCGGUAUUGAUGACAAUGAUGACCGGCGGUCAAAUGCCGCAGUUUCCGCCAGAACUCAUAGGCUCCAUAGCAAGCGCGGCUGCCAUGAGCAAUCUUGGCGGUGACGUUGGACUUUCGCCGGACAGCAUGGAGCCGCCACCGGAACCCGCGGAUCAGGAUCCUAACCAUCUGUAUCAGUGCUGCAUCUGCAACAAUUUUGCGACUGAUUCGCUCGAGGCCCUGAGCCAUCAUCUAGCCGUGGACAGAACGAGAACCCGCGAGGGUGACAUACUCGCAGUGGCGAACGCGCACUUCGUCUGCAAACUCUGUACCUACAAAACCAACCUGAAGGCAAAUUUCCAGUUGCAUUGCAAGACUGACAAGCAUUUGCAGCGGCUGCAGCAUAUGAACCACGUGAAAGAGGGUGGCCCGCGUAACGAAUGGAAGCUCAAGUAUUUAGCGUCACCCACGAGCGCGGCGCAAUUGCGCUGCCACGCGUGCGAUUACUACACCAAUAGUGCUCAUAAAUUGGCCCUACACGCCGCCUUGCCAAGACACGAAGCUGCAUCUCUUCUGCUCCGUCAUCUGCUUGAAGCGAGCAGCAACAUCCAAACCCCCGGAAAAUGGUAUCACUGCGUGAUAUGCGGAUUUAGCGCCCGGCACCGAUUGCCGCUUUUGCAACACGUGAGAUCAUUGCGGCACCUUCACAUGGAACAGAUACACCACAUUCAUAGGAGAAGCACCCUCUCGGGGAACGAAUCCCCGCACGCGGAUAUCAGCGUCAUGUUUCAGGUGACGAGUGAUCCCGAUGUGCCAUCCACGCAACAGCCCAGCCCGACCACGCCAACGACACCCAACGCUACGAGCACCAACAAUGAGCGACGAGAGGAAGGUAGUGAUUGCGGUAGUGAAGUGAAACAGGAACCGGACAACGAUCCAGAACCGGAAGCCGAGGCCGAGAAUGACCAAGAAGAAAUUACGUGCCUAUACUGUACGUAUCAGCCGACGUCGCGGGAAGAAUUACGACAGCAUUUGCAAGUGGCUCACGUUCAAGAUAUUGAGGAGAAAACUGAAACGGUGAAGGAAGAGCCGGCGACGGAAUUGUUAUGCCCGUUGUGCCAAGAUAGUUUCAAGGAACGUCCCGCCCUGGAAAAGCACGUGAUGCAAAUUCACUCCGUUAAUACCGACGGUCUGCAAAGGCUACUGUUAUUGGUGGAUCAGAGCCACUGGCUAAACAAUAAUCGGAAUACCUCGACGCCGGCUGUAACGACCGUAACGACGCCGACGUCGCCCACGACAACGACGAAGACCCACCAGGAAGAAGAGAUGAGUGAACGAGGUGAUAGUGACGAGAUCGAGUUAGCCAGGUGUAACAAGUGCGACCGAGUUUGGCGUUCGAUUGAAGAAUUUCGGCAACAUCAUUGUCGGGAAGCUCAUCCGACCGCCACGCCUACCUUGGCGGUUAGCGAGAAACAUGUUUAUAAAUAUCGGUGCGUACAGUGUAGUCUCGCGUUCAAAACCUUAGAGAAACUUCAACAACACUCGCAGUAUCACGCUAUUAGAGAUGCAACUAAAUGUGCCCUGUGCGGACGGUCUUUUCGUUCAGUUCAAGCGCUUCAGAGACAUCUGGAAUCUGUCCACGAACUCCACGAAGACGAGAUGGCUCAGUAUAAACAGAGCUUGCUCCACGCGCAUCCCCUUCUUCAGGCAAUAACGGAAGAAACGUUGAAGAGACAGGCCGGUCUGGCAAGCGAGCUGCAUGUGGAAGAUGACGCUGCUAGAGGUGACGAGGAGGAAAGUGAUGCCAGUGAUUCGUCUCCAUUGCAGAAGGAACAACGACUGCUAGAGGAUUAUCUAAACAGUCAAACGAUCGCUGAGGAUUCCUAUCAAGAUCCGAGUCGAAAAUUCAAGUGUCACCGAUGCAAGGUAGCUUUCACGCGUCAAAGCUAUCUGACUGGCCACAACAAGACUUUGCUGCAUCGUAAAGGUGAAAAAAUGUCUUAUCCCAUGGAAAAAUAUUUAGAUCCUAAUAGACCAUAUAAAUGCGACGUUUGUAAAGAGAGCUUCACGCAGAAGAACAUCCUUCUGGUACAUUACAACAGCGUAAGUCAUUUACAUAAAUUGAAACGAGCAAUGCAGGAGCAAGGCAAUAACAACACAUUGAUCUCGGUGGUACCUCCAGCUAGCCCGACUGAAUCGCCCGAUUCUCAGCAAGAUCAAGACAAGAAACCGUACAAAUGCAAUAUCUGUAAAGUCGCUUACAGCCAAGGCAGCACUUUGGACAUCCAUAUGAGAAGUGUUCUUCAUCAAACGCGUGCCAGUAAACUGCAAGAUCUUGCAGCCAGUGGCCAGUUAGAUCUCGGUCGACCAUUGAUUGAACAACCACCGCUAAGUCCGAAUAGUCCACCUGCCAACACAAACACGGGCAAUACAGGAGGAAUGGCUUCCUGUUCGCGCUGCAAUAGUGUGUUCGUCAAUCAGGAUCAGCUCGCGGCACAUCAGCAGCUAUGCAAUAUUUUGAAUAACCCGGCAUUGGCAUUAUUUCAACAAUUUGCUGCAUCACAGCAAUUAGCUUCAUCCGCGCCGUCUAAGACGCCACCUCCUACAUCUACGACACCAGGGCCGCAACACAUGCAAUCAGCUACGCAACAUUCGCAGACGACGCAGGAUAUUCUCUCCCAGCCACGACACAAGACCUCGCAGAUGUAUAAGCAUCUAUUAGAAAGUUUUGGCUUCGAUCUUGUCAUGCAGUUCAAUGAGAAUCACCAAAGACGACAGCGCAAAGAGGAAGAAGCCGCCGCCGCCCUUCAAGCGCAGCAAGAGCAACAAAAGCAGGAACAACAGAAGCAAGCUCUCGCAGCUCAAGCCAUGCAGGAAAAAGAAGAAGAAACCGAAGAAACUCAUAUGGAUGACGAUGUGAUACCCGAACUUACGCGGAGCACCUGUCAACACUGCAACAAAGAAUUCAGCAGCGUUUGGGUUCUGAAGGCACAUUGUGAGGAGGUUCAUCGCGACCUCGUACCGCGCGAAUUUCUCGAGAAGUACGCUCAACAGUUCAAGUGCGAGUACGAAAAGAAAAGUGUCGUGGUGACUGUUGCGACGUCUUCGUCAACUACCACGGCGCCAAGAAGUUCUACGCCCGCCGCCGCACAACCUCAAGAUCUCAGUGCUGAUAAAGAAUCUCGUGAAAAGGAGAAGGAAGAAAAUGCCGAGAACAAAGAAUGUAUUAGCCGAACACCAGAAGCUACAUCUACCACUCCAGCGACCACCCCGGCGUUGAGCAACACGCCAGUUUCGAGUACAGAUUCAACGACGCCGACUGUGCUAUCUACCAAUCCGCAUCAUAUUCCACAACAGUCGCAACAGCAGCAGCAGCAGCAGCAACAAUUACAGCAACAACAACAGCAGCAACAGCAGCAGCAACAACAGCAAGCUCAACUUUCAUUUGCGCAACAAAUGACCGAAAUGCAAGCUGCUCUAAAUGCUGCAAUGGCUGCAUCGCAAUUGCAACAGUUACAACAAUAUCCAGGAUUGAUGAUGGGAAUGAUGGGAUUACCAUUGGGAUUAAACGUGCCCGCUUUAGCUGCCAUGAAUCUGCAACCACCUCUAGUGCCAAUGAUGCUACCGCCACCACCGUAUGAUGGUGCCACUACUGGUGCAUAUCCACCGAUUAACCAAGCAGAUCUUCUUGCCAAGCAGCAUCUUGCCCUUCAACAGCAGCAAGCGGCGGCGGCGGCAGCGGCAAAUGCAGCUGCAUCGCAGAAACGAGCGCGCACACGUAUCACGGAUGAGCAGCUAAAAAUACUACGGGCACAUUUCGAUAUUAAUAAUUCUCCUGGCGAAGAACAAAUCCUAGAAAUGGCCAGUCAGAGCGGUCUACCACCUAAAGUCAUAAAACAUUGGUUCCGAAAUACGUUAUUUAAAGAACGGCAGCGUAACAAAGAUAGCCCUUACAAUUUUAAUAAUCCGCCAAGUACUACCCUAAAUAUCGAAGAAUACGAAAAAACCGGUGAGGCGAAGGUAACACCGUUAAAUUCAAGUGUGUCCGGUAGCAGUUCCUCUGACGAUAAAAGUCCAAAUAAGCAAGCCACGCCUCCACCAUCUAUGCAAAACACCAGCGCGUCUCAAUCUACCGAGAUUAAGCAGGAAACACUCGAACAGUCGCACUGUCAACAACAGCAGCAAGCUGCGCAUCAAGAUGAGCAGCAUCACUCGCCCGGCAGCUCGGGUGGACAACAAUCGCGACCGCAUUCACCCGCGCUUAGUAUGAGUUCUGUAUUCUCAGCUAUUCAUCACGACAUUUCUUCCCACCCUCCGUCGACUACGAACGCCCCGAGUACUCCGAUGUUACCACCGAAAUUGGCUUCUCAGAACUUUGCCAAUCCAUCUCCGGGAACCGGUAGCGUAGUGCCAAGCGCGAUUGCCGCAAUAGCGCUCACCCCGCAGAGAUCUCUGAGCCCAGGUCGCGGACCGGCUGACUACUUUGGUGGUAACAGUAACGGCAGUAACACCUCCGGCGGUAGCUCUGGCAAACGGGCCAAUCGGACGAGAUUCACCGAUUAUCAGAUAAAAGUACUUCAGGAAUUCUUCGAGAACAACGCCUAUCCAAAGGAUGACGACUUGGAGUAUCUAAGCAAACUCCUCGGUUUAAGUCCGCGCGUGAUCGUGGUGUGGUUUCAGAAUGCUAGACAGAAGGCACGUAAGGUCUACGAAAAUCAACCUGCCACCGAACCCGUGACACCGGGUGGACGUGAAAGCGACGACGGAUCCGGUAGAUUUCAGAGAACCCCAGGCUUGAAUUAUCAGUGCAAAAAGUGCCUGCUGGUAUUUCAAAGAUAUUACGAGCUUAUACGCCAUCAGAAGACCCAUUGUUUCAAAGAGGAGGACGCCAAGAGGAGCGCGCAAGCGCAAGCUGCGGCGGCUCAGGUCGCCGCGGUUCUCAGUUCCGAGGACAGUAACAGCAGCUCUACAACGACUACAAACAAUACGAUAGCUAACAAUAUGUCAACCGCGCCCGCGCUUACCGAACAGUUGCAGCAACCAUUGAGCACCGCCACGUCACCUCAUCAGCAUCAACAGCAACCCCUGUCUCAGACGCACCAACAGUCGCAACAGCAACAACAGCAGCAACAACAGCAGCAGCAACAGCAGCAGUCGCAAACCGAGUCGAAGGAAGGCAGUUUUCAAUGUGAUAAAUGCAACCUGAUGUUCGGUCGAUUCGAACUUUGGCGCGAACAUCAGCUAAUACAUAUCAUGAACCCGACCUUGUUCCCUUCGGCGUACCCACCUGACUCACCCUUUGGAAUCUUGCAGCAACAAGCACUUAAUGCUAACCAGAGCUCUGGAGUUGCAUCGGACAGUCCACAUUCACUCAUCAGCAUGAUGCAGAAGAGGAAGUUCGAGGAUCCCGAGGAGGGAACGGGCAGCGAUAAUCGUUCGAAUUCGGAACACAGUGAGCAACCUAAAGAUAAGCGUUUACGUACCACAAUACUUCCGGAACAGUUAGACUAUCUCUAUCAGAAAUAUCAGAUCGAGUCUAAUCCAUCGAGAAAAAUGCUGGAGACGAUCGCCCGCGAGGUCGGCUUGAAGAAGCGUGUAGUGCAGGUGUGGUUCCAAAAUACGCGUGCCCGCGAACGCAAGGGCCAAUUUCGCGCCCACAGUCAAGUUAUCAAUAAGCGCUGUCCAUUCUGCCCGGCGCUAUUUAAAGUAAAAUCUGCUUUAGAAUCUCACCUUAGCAGCAAACACGCCGAUCAGGUGGCUCGCGGCGAAGUGAACAUCGACAACAUCCCGGACGAAGAGCUCUCGAUGGAAUCUGUUCCUUCCAAUUCUAGCACUCCUCACAUGAUGCCGCCGUUGUUUCCGCCUAUCAACAACAGCGACAUGGAGGCAUCUUUUAAAUCCUUGAAAUAUUAUGAGGAAAUAAAGCGAUACUUCAGCGACAUACAGGCACACAACAGUAACGGAAAACAAGAAACGGCAAAUCAUCAAGCCAGCGGGAACAGCGGCGAGUCACCGUUAGAUCUGAGCAAACCAGUCGAUCUCAGUCGGCCAAUGAAACUGUGUUUGAGCAACUUCAGCAGUCUUCUCGAGGAGCAACACGGCACCCACUUCCGUGGCAGCAGCGAUUGCGGACCUCUGACUGACCUAUCCGAACGUAGCAUCUGCGAUGACGACAGCAUGAGCGAAACCACCGAGUUUUUGGAUGAUGAGAGCGGUCCAGCAAGUCCAGCCUCGAGCACACAGAGCUCAAGACAAGGGCCCGCCAGCGCAAAUACCGGGAACACGUCCGGAACGCCAGUAACCGGUGGACAAUCCGGCGGCAAUACCGGUCAAUCCGGCGGCAAACGAUAUCGCACGCAGAUGUCGGCUACUCAGGUGAAGGUGAUGAAGUCGCUCUUCUCGGACUACAAAACACCGACGAUGGCCGAAUGCGAGAUGCUCGGCCGUGAGAUCGGCCUUCCGAAACGGGUGGUCCAGGUGUGGUUCCAGAAUGCCCGCGCUAAGGAGAAGAAGGCCAGGUUAGCGGCUGGUUUGCCGGCCGAAGGCUCAGCCGUUCAACCGCAUCGCGGCCCGACCGGACCAGACGAGUGCAGACUGUGCUCUGUACGCUACUCGGCCAAGACGCCGCUGCAGGAGCAUGUCUUCUCGCGGCGGCACAUCGAGUCGGUGCGCGUCGCCGUCGAGGAAGGCAGUUUGGUGCCGCCGACUCCUGGGGCACCGAUCGUACCCAGCGGCAGCGGUGCCGCCGGCGUGCCCGGUAUCGGCAAUUCGCCGGUCAUCACCACGGCCAGUCAACAAGUCAAUCAGCAGCAACAACAGCAGUCGGAUGAAAACAUGAUGUACGGAUCCGUGUUUCUUCAUCCCACGGCAAUGUUCCAGUCACAGCAACAGCAGCAGCAGCAUCCCGCCACCGCUGCGGCCAGUGCAACUAAUACUACGGCCGUAGCGGCUGCGGGCUUGAGCGGCGGUCUACUCGGGAGCGCUAUGAUGCCGCUGCACGUGGAGGGUGGCGCACAGGUGCAGGUGCCGCGGGCCCUGAUGCAAGCGUUCCUGCAGCAGGAUCCGAAUCAUCCGGGCCUGGAGACGGUCCGUUUGCCGGCCCCGUCGUGCGGUGCCGACGAGAACGGACUGUCCCAGCACUGUCGCGAGGUGGAGACCGAGCUGUGUCUCGUCUGUCGCCGUUGCGGCCGCGCGUAUCCGCAGGAGUCGUCGCUGCUGGCGCAUCAGCGAUCCUGCUACCUAGGCAAUCAGCAGCGUCGUGGCGCUCUGCGCCUCGUGCAGGUGCGUUACGCCUGCUCGUUGUGUGAGUCCGGCAUAUCAACGCGCACCUACACAACCGUAAGCGAGUGGCGUCGUCAUGCAGAGACGCUACAGCACCGGGCGCGUCUCGAGGCUGUCCAAGAACGCCAACAGCAGCACCAGCAACAACAGCAGCAGCAACAAUAUGACGGCGGCGCGCAAUCCGGGGAGGAGACAAACCCGCUUACCGACGAGAUGGAGGACGUUGUCAAUCAGAUCACCCUAUUGGCAGCUCGAGCGGCCGCCGAGAGCACGACUGGUCAGUCACAGGCCAGUGACAGGGCCGGGCAGGACAACAACAAUGGACCCGAUGCCAAACGGCAGAAGCUGAUGCAAGAAGUCACCGCCCUCGCAGGCGCACGUUAAACGCCACCAAACCGAGCUCGGGGACUGAUCUACCAUCUCUCUCAAAGGCAGGGAAGUUGCGCGCGAAAAAUGGCACCAAAUAACAAUAGAAAGAAACUGCAAGAGUAAAAUAUAAGAGAAGAUGGGCGGAGGAGGGAAAGACGAGAACCUAUGGACGUCGCUUGGAGGAGGUCGGACUCGAGGACGUCGCAGUGAACGAGCCAAUGUUCCUAACCGGCGAUGAACGGGCAGGCACGGGUGUCCAUCUCGACGGAGCACCCCGUCGGGGGCAUUUGCCCCGUGGCGGUAGGAGAGGGGGCAGGAAAGGGAGGCACAUUACUCAGGCACGAACGGCGGACGAUCAUUCGUUUUCUCUCUUAAUUUCGUCGUUUAUGCACCGCCAGCACACAACCAUCCUCCACCGCUUCCCUGCCCCCUAGCCCCGCGCCCCCGAUUCGCCUAUUAUUUUUGUAACGCGAAUCCCGCGCAGCGCGCGCCGUGAAGAUGCGCGCUCUCCAAAGUUCCUCUCGUAGCACGAAAAAAAAAGAAAAAGAAAAAAAGAUUAUUAAAUUAAAAAAAGAAAGGUGGCAAAAGAAUAGAGAGACUCGACGAAGACGAGCUAGUCUGGUGGAAUCGACUGGAGAACGAUCGAACGAACGAGAAAUCCUCCUUGCUGGGUAGCCAACAAUCGGUCGAUCGGUCGAUCAGUCAGCGGCUCGAUCGGAUCGAGCCGAUUUUUGGGUGCACGUCUCGGAACGAUGUGCGCGAUACGUUUCCAGGAGAGGAGAGUACGGGAAGUUCCGGAGGGAAAGUGCGUCGUGCGACGCGGAACGACACGCGUCGAGGUGGGCUAACUUAAACGUUCCUAUGUAAAGUAAUAAUAAAGAUUUAAAGCAGAGUUACUAAGAAAAAAAAGAAAAAGAAGCAGGAAGAUAAAAGCGGACGCUAUUAGGCGCGGCGUAGUAGGGUAGAUGGUGCGCGGCGCGCGAAACUGAAAACGCCGCCAUCGUUACGAAUACGUACGUACAUAUUCAUAUAUAUAUAUAUAUACAUACAUCUAUAUAUAUAUACACAUAUACAUAUAUAUAUAUAUAUAUAGAUAUCUGACUGUCUCUAUCACUCUCUUUCUCAUUUUGACGCGCGUGUGCACGUGGCUUUCCACGGACCUGUGUGUAUGUGGACCUGCGCGUGUGCGGGUGUGUAUGUGUGCGUGCAUGCGUGCGUACGUGCAUGCGUUGUGUAUGUAUGUGUGUCGCGAAUCGUUCAGCGACUUCGACGGCGAUCGUGGAAAAGGUAAUAAAAAGAGGAACGCUUUUCGGGAAAGCGACAAAGAAGGAUAAUUCAAGAAGCAUACACACACACACACACACACACACACACACGAUACUCUUUCUCUGCAAUUUUCUCUGCCAUUCACAAAUACUUACAUACAUAUAAACAGGUAACGCACACACAACACAACACACACACACAUGACAGACGCGCACUGUACACACGUGCACAACGGGCUUGGCACGUACGUUUUUUUUUACGUUAUUUCCCAUAAUUUGAUAAAAAAGAAAAACGUAAUAAGAUGGCGGACGGAAGGGAAAACGACGGUAUAUAAGGCGGCAUAAUAAACCCCCGGUGUGCCCGUCAUCGUCACGAUUCGCGUGCACGAACGAGCAAGCAAGACCCAGAAACAUGGUUCCUAUAUUUAAUAAAUUAUAUUUAUUACGCUAAACAAAUGAUUAGUAACAACGUUAAUGAUAAUAAUAAUAUUAAUAAUAAUAAGAGUAAUAAAAUAAUAAUAAUGAAACUAGUAAUAAUAAUGAUAGUAAUAACGAUAGGUAUUAGAGGGCUGUCGGUAGCUAUAACGAUUAUCGCUAAGCAAAGCUCGAUAAUCGAACAACCGAUUGACACACAUCGACGCACGGGAUGGGGGAUAAUAGGAGGGUGGCCCGGCACCAUAGAAUCUUACCUCUAUGUCCUCUGACUUUGCUCUCCCUCUUUUCCACAGUCUCGCGCGAGCAAAUAAAAGAAUAGAGCGGUACACGUACAAGAACCGAACUGUAUUGCAAACGUCUGGAAAUCAAACUCAAAUCGUAUACGCACGUGCAACGUAGCAUAAGUGAACACUACGACUCUUUAUUUGAUCUUUAUUCGUGAACAGAUAAUCGGCCAAAUAUUGUACUGGGUGAAAUCUAAACACUCUAGUGAUGUAAUCUGGAAUUUUUUAAUAGAACAAGGUGAAUUUUUUAAAUUUAGAUACGGCGGUUAUAUAGGGAUAAAAAUUUCAAAAAUCUCGCGCAUUUAGACGAAAAUAUUUUAGAAAUACAAACAUCGUCCCGGAUCAUAGGUUGGGGAAGAGGGAGGAGAAAGAAAAUUGCACCGUUUCGAACAGCAACAAAAGGGUGUAAAAUCGAGAACGACAAAGAAUUCACUACUAGCUGUAAGUUACGGAUAAAUUACGAUUAAACUAUAGAAUAUAAGGGGAAAGAGGGUGAGGAGGAUGGGUACAUGCGCGUCGAUAGAAACGAUACAUAGACACACAAACACACACUCUCACGCAUAUAAGUAUAUAUACAGAAGAGAAGUAUGUAUAUAUAUAUGAAAA